CGUGAGUGCGGAUAGCGAUGGCGGCGGCGGUAGCGGCUAUGGUCCCGGCCGGGACUAUGGUGGUUGCGGUCCGGAAAGCAGUGGCAGGCUGCCCGGCGGUGGAGGUGGCAGCUUCCUGCCCGGGCCUGUAGGCAGCAGCAUGGAGCGGGCCGGUCCCUGGAACGGCAGCCACGAAACUUGGGGCGCUCUCCGGGUGCGGCAGCUUAGAGAGCUCUGCCCGGGAGUGAACAAUCAGCCCUAUGUCUGUGAGAGUGGCCACUGUUGUGGAGAGACUGGCUGCUGCACCUACUACUAUGAGCUCUGGUGGUUCUGGCUGCUCUGGACCAUCCUCAUCCUCUUUAGUUGCUGCUGUGCCUUCCGCCAUCGCAGAGCCAAACUCCGCCUGCAGCAGCAGCAGCGCCAACGUGAGAUCAACCUGUUAGCCUAUCAUGGAGCCUACCAUGGAGGUGGCCCUGGCUCAGGGGGCUCCAUGCUUGACUUACGCCUUCUCACCUCCUUCAAGCUUCCUGCUUAUGAGGAUGUAGCUUGCCGCCCUGGAACCCCACCACCCCCAUAUAGUGUGGCCCCUGGACCCCCAUCACCCAGCUCCAGUGACUGCACCAGCUGUUCCUGUGCCUCCAGCUGCCCCCCCUCCCCACCUGGUCCCAUAGGGGCCUCUUCCAGGACCCACCCACACGAGGAAGAAUGGGAGAGUGGGGCUGGGGUGGCUGCCCAAGGUCAGCCUGGGGAUAUGGGGGAAGGGGAAAGUCCAGCAUCCCCAAAUCGGUCCUGCCGCCACCGCAGGCUGACGGGGGAUUCAGGAAUUGAGUUGUGUCCUGGGACCUGCCAUGGUCUGGUUGACCAGGAGCCUGCCAAACUCGGGUGGGCAGGGCCACUCCCCCUCCAGGAGAGCAGUGUCUCUUCCCUAAAUUCAACCCCUGUUGAUCCUGUUCCCUGUGAAUUCCCAGUCUCUGAAGGGCCUGGGCCCAGGCAGAGCUGUGCUCUGUGAGGACAUGGAGCUUGGUCCUCUCAUCCCCAGUCGUUUAUGCCAGGGAAGUCUGGCCCCCGGUGGAUGGGAUUCUGACUAUGGCAAUCGCAUAUAGGAAAAGAGUGGUGAUUGCCCUUCCCACACACAUACCCAACACCUCAGGUCUCCUUAUUAAAGAAAUUUAA